CGCGCUCCCCUCUCCCCGCGCGUGUUGUGUGGGUGCGAGCGCGGUGCCUGUCAAGGGGCUGUUUCUCUCCCCACCCUCCUCCUCCUCCCUUCUUUCCAAAUAUGCUUUUUGCAAGUUUUGAUCUCGUCUCGGCACUGGCUACCCUCGCCGCGUGCUUGGUGUCACUGACUUUGCUGCUGGCCGUGUCCCAACAGCUGUGGCAGCUCCGCUGGGCUGCCACCCGCGACAAAACCUGCAAGCUACCAAUCCCCAAAGGCUCCAUGGGAUUCCCUUUAAUCGGAGAGACCUUCCACUGGCUCCUGCAGGGCUCCUGCUUCCAGUCCUCGCGGCGGGAGAAGUACGGGAACGUGUUCAAGACGCACUUGCUGGGGCGGCCGCUGGUGCGGGUGACGGGAGCGGAGAACGUGCGCAAGAUCUUGAUGGGGGAGCACCACCUGGUGAGCACCGAGUGGCCGCGGAGCACCAGGAUGCUGCUGGGCCCCAACACCGUGGCCAACUCCAUCGGCGACAUCCACCGCCACAAGAGGAAGGUUUUCUCCAAGAUUUUCAGCCAUGAGGCUCUGGAGAGCUACCUCCCCAAGAUCCAGCUGGUGAUCAAGGACACCCUCCGGGCCUGGAGCAGCAACCCUGAGUCCAUCAACGUGUACCACGAGGCGCAGAAGCUGACGUUCCGCAUGGCCAUCCGCGUCCUGCUGGGAUUCCGCAUCCCCGACGAGGAGCUCGGCCGCCUCUUCGAGGUCUACCAGCAGUUCGUGGAGAAUGUCUUCUCCCUGCCCGUGGACCUGCCCUUCAGUGGAUACAGGAGGGGAAUCCGGGCCCGGGAGACGCUGCAGAAGGGGCUGGAAAAAGCCAUCCAGGAGAAGCUGCAGAACACGCAGGGCAAGGACUACGCCGACGCCCUGGACAUCCUGAUCGAGAGCGGGAAGGAGCACGGCAAGGAGCUGACCAUGCAGGAGCUGAAGGACGGCACCCUGGAGCUGAUCUUUGCCGCCUACGCCACCACGGCCAGCGCCAGCACCUCCCUGAUCAUGCAGCUCCUCAAACACCCGCGGGUGCUGGAGAAGCUGCGGGAGGAGCUGCGCAGCAAAGGGAUCCUCCACAACGGCUGCAUCUGCGAGGGCUCCCUGCGCCUGGACAACAUCAACGGCCUCCAGUACCUGGACUGCGUCAUCAAGGAGGUCCUGAGGCUCUUCACCCCCAUCUCCGGGGGGUACCGGACCGUGCUGCAGACCUUCGAGCUGGACGGUUUCCAAAUCCCCAAGGGCUGGAGCGUGAUGUACAGCAUCCGGGACACCCACGACACCGCUCCCGUCUUCAAGGACGUGGACGUCUUCGACCCCGACCGCUUCGGGCAGGGCCGGAGCGAAGACAAGGACGGCAGGUUCCACUACCUCCCCUUCGGAGGAGGCGUACGGACCUGUCUGGGCAAGCACCUGGCCAAGCUCUUCCUCAAAGCCCUGGCCAUCGAGCUGGCCAGCACCAGCCGCUUCGAGCUCGCCACCAGGACUUUCCCCAGAAUCACCCUGGUGCCCGUGGUCCACCCGGUUGACGGACUCAAGGUCAAAUUCUUCGGACUGGAUUCCAACCAGAACGAGAUCCUGACGGGCACAGACGCCAUGCUGGGGGCCACCGUGUAAAGCCCGCGCCGGUGGCACCAGGGAC